UAUUGAUGAGGUUGGUUACCCGAUAGCGGCCACGGGGAUACACCUACAAUUUCAAAUUAUCAAAGUAGCUCAUCUUUUGGAACAAAUUUGUAAGAAAAUAAUUACUUUGCUGGUUUUUUUUUGCCAUUCCAAUUCGAAGCCAUGGUCAGUGAAGGAAAAGAUGAAGCGGCUAAAGUAUCUCAUCACUUAUCAUUGCUUAGGGAAGAAUAUAACAAGUUGCAAGCCCGCCAUGCAGAAGUGCUUAAACAACUAAGUGCCUCUCCAGGAGAACAUUCCAAUAGUUUUCUUGCCCGUAUUUUGAAGUUUGUUGCCAAUUUACACUUGUCUCAACAUCUCAGUGAUGUGAGGGUAAAGCUCGCAACUGGCUCUGUACCUAGUCAUCGUUUUGUACUUACAGCCAGAGCUGACACUUGGCUUGAAACUCACCAAAACUGGGAAAAUGUUACAGAGUUAGAUUGGAGCCAUUUAGAUCAAGAUAUUGGAGAGGCCUUGCUGUGUUGGGUUUAUAAAGAUGAACUGAAAGUGCCAAAUAAUCGUUUAGAUUUUCUUGUCAGUCUUCUUAAGGCUGCUGGCCAGUACAAGCUUAAUGACUUGAUAAGUAGUUGUGAACAGCAACUCAUUCCUAUGGUAAAGGUGUCCAAUUGUGUCGAGCUUUUCGUCAGAUCUGAAGAAACCGGUGCCGAAACCCUCAGAAAAUUUUGUGCUAGCCUAAUGAGCAACCACUGGGAAGAUUUGAACCGUGAAAAUUUAGCACCGUUUUCUGCCCAGUCUCUCUACCGACUGCUGGAAGAACAUUCCUCCCACCCACUACACGCCGCCGUACGUCUUGGCAGAGAAGACGUCGUAUUUCUGGAUUUGAUCAAGUACACUCAACAGUUACCUGUCAGGUUGAACACUGUCGACUCGAAGGGAGAUAUCGCGUUAGAUAUUGCAUUACACCUACGCUACGAAUCUUUGGCUCUUUGUUUGGUUCAACAUGGAGCUAACGUGGACUGCGUCGACCCAACCGGCCAGCGGUUACUACACAAAGCCAUUUUGCGAAAAGACGAAUUUGCCUGUAAUUUCCUACUUAAACACGGUGCUCUGCCAACGGCCGUUUUGUCCGACUCGGGCUACUCUCCCUUGCAUUUAUUGGCCGACUGGAAAACUGACACUGUUGCUGAAGUUUCAAGGUUACUUUUGAAACAAGGUAGCGGGCCCAAUGCCGUCGCAGAAGACGGAAGCACGCCGUUGCACCUGGCCGUCCGUUCGAACAAUGCGGUACUAAUUGAGAUCUUGUUGGGAGACCCCAGAACGGAUUGCGAACGACAGGACAAGGAAGGUUUCGUCCCAUUGUGGUACGCCCUGCAAAAUCAGGCGGAUUUGUCCAUUGCAGAGCAGCUCGUGGCCAAGUGUCCUACGUGUGUCAACGCAGUGUCUUCCGUAACCGGAGAUCCGCUUCUGCAUAUGGCGGCGUUCGCCAAACUUGAACAAGCUACGUUCUUCCUCGUGAAUCGCAAGGCGGAUGUGAAUGCACUGAAUAGGCAGGGCGAAUCUCCAUUGCAUAUUGCCAGUCGGUCUGGAAUGUCUAAUUUGGUCAAGAAGCUGUUGGAGAGCGGCUCGGAUCCUAAUCUUCAGACUCCGCCUCCUUCACUUUCUAGCCCCAUCCAAGCCAAAGUAGCUGAUGAAAGUUACAAUCCGUUCGAAGAUGACGAAGUUGACCAAUCUCAAGAGGAACAUAAUGAAAACAUUGGCCUUCAUUCGUCCAUACACCUAGCCGUUCAUGGUGGGUUCGAAGACGUCAUCACAGCAUUCGUGGAACACACUGAGAAGAACAAAUCGACAAUAGAUUUUGAUGUGAGAGAUUCUUCUGGUGAAUCUACUUUAUGUGCGGCGUUACGUUUGGGCCGCUAUUCGAUAGCUCAGCUCUUGCUGAGAGGUCGGGCGUCAGUCAAUGCCAUGAGUCCCAAUGAUGGAUACCGUUUGUUACAUUACUUCCUGCUGAGGGGAGAUGAAAAAGCCGCGCUCUUUUUAUUAGACAAUGGCGCGGAUGUUCACGCACUCACGCCGACUGGAGAAUCUUCAUUGGUGCUGUGCAUUCGCAAAAAUUUGCCGUCGGUUUUGGAAGCGCUCUGUCGUCGUGGAGCUAAUAUGGAAGAAGCUCCUGGUGAUGCUUGUCCGCUUUGGCUAGCGCUGACGACGGCCAAUGAAGAUUUGGCUUCCAUUCUCGUCCGUUAUGGCGUCGACACGGAUCACUGGGAAGAAGGACCCGAUGGGGCCAGUCAAACGUUGCUCCAUCGUGCCUUGGAUGCUAGUGAUGAAACAUCUGCUUGUUUCCUCAUCCGCAGCGGAUGCGAAGUCAAUAGUCCUCGGAGAGGUGGAGCUGAGAACGAUAAGAGCAGUCCGCUCCAUCUCUGCGCUCAAUGGGGUCUGGAACAGGUGGCCGCCACUCUUCUAGAACAUGGGGCAGAUAUCAGCCCUCGCGAUGUGGAGGGGAAGACACCACUCCAUGUGGCUAUUGAACAACAUCAGGCUGGCCUUGUUCUACUGUUACUCAGACAGCCUGCCAUUGACCUCUACGCCGUCGAUCGAACCCAGAAGACACCCUUUGCCACUGCGUUGCUGGUUAAAAACAAUAAAGCUGCGGCUGCCGUUCUCGAAAAGGAUCCUUCCGUCGCCGAACAAUAUGAUAACAAAGGAAGGACGUUACUUCACGACAUUGUUUUGCGCGGUGAUUUAGAAGGAUUGCUCUUUUUACUUUCCGUUCGUGUGAACAUAAACUCUCGGACGUCUGACACGGCCAAAUUGACACCACUUCAUUUAGCCGUUCAAACAGGCAAAGAUGAAAUGAUAUUACGUAAUUUGAUCGUGGCUGGUGCAGGGCUGAAUGAACGCGGACCACGCCAGCAAUCGGCUUUGCAUAUGGCAGCCGAGCGCGAAGACGGCGCUACGUUGACAAGCAUUUUGCUUGAUGCAGGAGCUGACUGGUCGGCGCUAGACGAUUGCGGAAAUUCUGCUCUACAUACAGCAGCCAGGCUUUGUCACGUGUCUGUGGCCCAGGUGCUUUUGACCCAGUCGCAAAUUGAUGCCGAAUCGCGAACAAUGCGCGGUCAGAAUCCUCUCCAUCUGGCGGCUGGAAGCGGGCGCGAUGCAUCCGCUAGUCUUCUAAGCCUUUUUUUGCAGUGUAUGCCUCAAUAUCCAAUCAACGCACCCGAUAUCGACGGCAAUUCGCCACUUUUAUUGGCCUACAUGAAAGGGAAUGUAUCGUUGUGCAAAGCUCUCGUCCGAGCUGGGGCCUGUUUAGCCGCCACGAACAAAAGUGGUGUCUCUAUAUUCAACUACCAACUGGCUACCAAGCAACUGCUUGUUAGGUUAUUGGAGCAGCUGAAUGAGGAGCCGCCUUGGGCUGAACACGACUAUUGCAUGGAGUGUGGUAAUAAAUUUGGCAUUACCACCCGCAAACAUCAUUGUCGACAUUGCGGAAGAAUCUUAUGCAGCAAAUGUUCGGAUCAGGUGGUACCCAUUCUCAAGUUCAAUCUGAGUAAACCUGUUCGGGUGUGCCUGCUGUGCUCACAGGUCUUGAGUUCCGGUGUUCCAUCUCCAUAAGUUACAUUUGUUGAUGUACUGCAGUUUAGAUUUGUUUGAAUAUUUUUUUCUUCGGCCGACAAAUGUUCAAUCUAUGAAUUGAAAACCAAACGAGAAUUAAGAAAUACACCAAUAUUGUUAUCAACA